CGGAAGCGGCGGGGCGGAGGAGGCCCGGCUGGGCGGCCGAGGGAGCGGAGGGAUCGGAAGCGGGUCUUCCUCGGGGCUCCCUGCGCGGCCGGAGCGCGGCGAUGACUCUGGCCGUCUUCUUCGGCUGCGCCUUCAUCGCCUUCGGGCCGGCGCUGGCGCUCUUCCUGCUGACGGUGGUGGCCGAGCCGCUGCGCAUCAUCAUCCUCAUCGCAGGGGCCUUCUUCUGGCUGGCCUCGCUGCUCUUCUCCUCGCUCGUCUGGUUCAUUGCGGCCAAGGCCAGCGAUCCAUCCAACGAGGCGCUCCAGAGGGGCCUCCUCAUCUUUGGCGUCAUCUUCUCCGUGCUGCUGCAGGAGGCCUUCCGCUUUCUCUACUACAAGCUGCUCAGGAAGGCGAUUGAGGGGCUGUUGGCCCUGAGUGAAGAUGGCUGCUCUCCCAUCUCCAUCCAGCAGAUGGCGUACGUGGCCGGCCUGGGCUUUGGGCUCAUGAGUGGGGCCUUCUCCAUGAUCAACCUGCUGGCGGACGCUCUGGGGCCAGGCACGGUGGGGAUCCACGGGGACUCCCAGCUCUACUUCCUGACGUCAGCCUUCAUGACGCUGGUCCUGGUCCUUCUGCACACCUUCUGGGGGAUCAUCUUCUUCCACGGUUGUGAGACCAAGCAGUGGUGGGAAGUGGGGGCUGUGGUGCUCACCCACCUGAUCGUCUCUGGCCUGACGUUCUGGAACCCGAUCUACCUGGGGAGCCUCCUCCCUGCCUACCUGCUCAUGGCAGGUGCUGCUGUCUGGGCCUUCCUCGUCUCUGGCGGCUCCAAAGAGAACCUGCGCCACUUCCUCCUGUGCCUGCGGAGUGGGACAGCGCCGCCACCCGGAUCCUGAGGCCCCGCUGGGCUCCCCCGCCCUGUCCUUUGGAGCCAUUUGCUGGGGCAAGGAGGACGCAGCUGCUGUGCCUUUGGGAGUGCUUCUGGGCCCGAGUCGGGGGCCGCUGGACUUGCCCCUAGAAGCCCCUCUUGGGGCGAGUUGCCGUAGAAGGUCUGGGCCUGUCCUCCAGCCACAAGGGGCGCUGCAGCAGAGCUCCUGGACCCUGUGAAUCUGCAGCAAGAGCCCCUUCCCUCCAGAGAGUGGUUCCUGGCUCUGGCCAGCUGGCUUUGUUUAAAUAGGGGUGGGCUUUGGGGGUGCUGGGGCGAAUGACAGAUGCCGGCAUAGGGUGUCCGGGGGGGGGGGGCGCUGAGCAUCUGUCUCUCUGGGGUGGGGGUUCAGAGGGAGAGCCAGCUGUGUGGUCUACUUAGAGGAGAGAGGGGAUCAGGGUGGGGGUUACUGGGGAAGGGGGAGUGCCCCACCUGGCCUAUUUCUUUUAUGGGGGGGGCACAUCUCUGCACAUUUGUACUAAUAAAAAGGCUAGAUGAGGCCCACAGUGUGUGCGCACCUGUCUGCGAGCAGCGGUGGGGUUGAUGGUGCUACGUUGAGGGAGGGGGGCUUCAGAGGUGGGGCUGCAUCCUCUGAGAGCUGGGAGAUGGCAGAGAGAAAUAGGGCUGGGUUGGCUGCUGGUUGCUUCAGGGGCCCCUCCUGUUUGGAUUGUGUUGGGGGGGGGCGGCAAUAUCUCCUUUGGUGUCCUUCCAGUUUGAUGAGAAAUGGUUGAGGGGGCUGGUUUUGUUGAGCCUGGAAAAGAGGAGACUGUGAGGAGAUAUGAGAGCCAUCCUCAAAUAUCUCAAGGACUGUCACAUGGAAGAGGGAACAAGCUUGUCUUCUCUUGCUCUGGAGGGUAAGCUUCCAACCAAUGGCUUCAAGUUACAAGAAAGGAGAUUCCAACUAAACCUUAGGAACAACUUUCUGGUGUCAAGAGAUGUUUGGCAGUGGAACGGUCUCCCUCUGGAGCAGUGUUUUCCAACCUUUGGCCUCCAGCUGUUUUGGACUACAAUUCCCAUCAUCCAUGGCCACUGGUCUUGCUAACUAGGGAUGAUGGGAGUUGUAGUCCAAAAGCAGCUCAAGACCCAAGGUUGGGAAACACUGCUCUGGAGGAUGUGGAUUUGCCUUCUUUGGAGGUUUUUCAGCACAGCUUGGAUGGCAGCUGCCAUUGAUGCUUUAGUUGAAAUUCCUUCAUUGCAGAGGGUUGGGCUAGAUGCCUCUCAGGGUCCCUUCCAACUCUACAAUUCUAUUAAAUGAAUAAAUACGUUCGGGUAAUUGGACCCCAAGCCAGGGUUUUCAACACAAGUACUAAUUGGGCCCCAAAAUACCUCCUGUUUUGUUGUAUAUUCUGGGACAGUUUUUCAAUGUGAAGAGCACCCAAAUAGAAAGAGCCAGCUUCUUUGAUAAAUUACACAGGUAAAGCCACAUGAACCACCUCCUCCAACCGUCCCCAAACUUUUUCUUUAUGGAAAAAGUUACUAUAGCUCCAAAUAACUGCCAUGAAGAUUCAUCCUGAGAGCAUUAAGCUUGAGCUCUUUCACUGCCUCUCACUUUGCUUAUCCUGCUUCUGACAUCAUUGUUUGUUUGCGUUUUAUACCCCCUUCAUUGAUACCCUAAGGAUAUACCUACAUUCAACCUCAGCCAAAUCCACAAAAACCCCCCUGGCCAGUAAACCUCUGCAAUUAGCUUCCCAUCAGCCUGACACGCCAACAUGUUGGCCAUAAAGAGAACAGAAAUAAAUAUAAGAAAAGAGGGGCAUUGCUGGUUAAGGGGUCUUCACCUGGUCCAUCUCUGUCCUGCUGAUCGUUGUCCAUUCUUGGGGAUUGAGAAGUCUGGCCUUUAAAUCCAUGCCCAGAAGAGGAUUGUGGCGCCUUCACAUCAAGCCAGUGUGAAGAGAGCAAUCCUGGCAGUACCAGGCUGAGUCCAGUGCCAGGAGGGCCCUUGCCAGCCCCUGCCAGCUGGCGUGAUGGGAGGCCAAUCCUGCUUGGCUGACUCCUUCCUUGUUUCUCCUUCCCAUGUCAAGUGGUGAGGAGGACAAAACAGUAACCUAAGUGAAGCCUGGUUGCUGGAUCAGGCCAAGGGCCAUAGAGUUCUGCAUCCUGUUCUCACGGUGGCCAACCAGAUGCCCAUUAUGGGAACCCUGCAAGCAGAACAGGCAGAAAGCAACCUUUUGCAGGCAAAGCCAAAAAGUCCUGCUUGCAGCUGCCACCACUUUGCAGCCACCACUUUGCCACCACACCAGGAACCCCAGCCAAGAGAGCUUGACAGGUGGCAAGGACACCUCACCUGUCAAUCAGGUGACAGCAUGAGGUCAUGUGAUUCACAGUCGGCCAGCUUCACCCACCUGCCAGCUUUAGUAAAGGCUGGUCUGUGGAGCCAAAAAUGUGCCCUGGCCCUGAUUUACAGAAACGGCCUGUUGGGCCCCUCCCCCCUUCCUGUGGCUCAGCCUCAGGGCCAUGCCAGUAGGCAGCUGCCCCUAGGCUACAGGGACCUCUCUUGCCACAGGCCCUCCCUCCCUCCCCCCUGCUAAAAAGGUGCCCACCACCACUGCCAUUGGGCCUGGCAUUGCAGCAGAGUCCAGAAAGCACUGGGUCUUGUGAGUCCCACACUUUCUCCACAGACAGCGGCUCUCCAAGGUUCAGGCCAGGACUCUUUCCCAACUCUUGAAAUGCUGGGGAUUCACCUGGAGUACUACUACCUGCAAAGCAGGUGCUCUACAGCCCUUCCCAUCUCCCACCUCAGCUGGUUUUUUGGCCAUGGCAAUUCAGUCACCAAACUUGUCUAUGUGCUCUUGGGCUUCUGAUUUCUCUUGAACGACUGACAUGGCAGCGCCACUGGCAAAGUGGUCUUGAUCCAUUCACGCAUUGCAUCCUGACAUUUCCCUCUCCUGUACAAUCCUAGAAUUGUGGAGUUGGAAGGGACCCAAAGAGUCACCUAGUCCAACCCCCCUGCAAUCCGCAGUUUCCAGGAAGGCCUCCUUGCUUGGAUGUGGACAACAUGGUUUAGGUGUGCUAUGCUGCCUAGGGCCUUUUUGCCCAUCUCUGCCUUGUGUCGUGGGGCAUCACCUUCACACCUGGAUCCAGUGCCACACUUCAUUUCCGCUGUGCCUGGCCGAAGGACACCCCACAGCCAAGUGGGCAUCAGAAGCAGCAGGGCUAGAGCCUUUGGGGGCAGAAGCAGGCCACGCUGGCUCUGAGGCCUGCCUUCCCCUCUCCCCAUCCUCAGGGCCCUUUGGGGUCUCCCUGAAGCCCUGCUCUUUCGGAUAGGGUGGGGAGGGGACUCCCUGGGAAGAGGGUGGUCUGUCCCUCACUGGAGGCUGGAUGGCCAUCUAUCAGGGAUGCUUUAGCUUUGAUUCCUUCCAACCCAACACAUCUGUGACUCUUUUAAAAAGUGGGCAGAGAUGGGAGCAUGUGCUUCAAACCUUUUUGUAAUGCAAAAAAGAAGACACAAUAAAGGCCUGUUUCCAUUGUGGGUUCUUGUAAAAAGGGGGUGGGGUGCGAGAAGGUCUCAGUUCACAACAAAUGCUCUGCGUGUGGCCUUUGCGACCCAACAGCUGCCGCAGUGAAGUCCACACCCAGCCAGGCUUCCAUCCCAUCCAUGCAGUCCAGAGUGCUGCUGGUGGGCAAGGAAACCACAGGAAGGGAAUAGAAAUAGGAAACAAAAUAAACCACGCCACAUACAAAGAGGAAGAGGAAGAGACAAAAGGAAAAUGCGGAAAUGCUACGUUUCUCUUCCAUCUCCUCCCUGUAUGUAUUUCUCCUGGUUGUAACAUUGCCAGCAUAACCCGGUAAAAACGUUUUCAGGAUGAAAAAAGAAAGCAGCAGAAUCUUGAGCGCAUGCCUCCUCCUGGUGCCUGUCUCUGCGCUGCUCAUCUCCCAGGCUGGGCAUCCCUUCAUCAGCCAAGAUGCCCACCUGGCACUGCUUUGCAAUGGCUCAGAGCAGCCGGCCCAAGUUGUCUCCCUAGCAAGGUGGGAAUGGAGAGAUGGGCUUCAUCUGGUGCUCAGUCUCAGACUUACUUCCAUUCAGAACCAACCAGAACAAAGACAGUUGUUGACAUAUUCAGGAUGGACAGCAGGAAGGGCUCCUUCUCCAAGGCUAGACAUCGCUCCCACUAGACGCAGUGUCAGCAAGCCACCUGGGAGCCUUGAAAGGCGGACUGGACCAAGGCAGGGAGGAGGAGGAGGAGGAGGAGGCCCUCUGUGGCCACAGGGCAUGCUGGCUGUAGAAGGAGAGGCACCUGGACUCUUGAGAGCAGCCGCAGGGAGGGUCUCCCAUCCCAGGGAAGUCCUGCACAAGGCACUUGGGUAGCCACAGGGGACAACAGGAGGCUGGGCUCAAGAGGCCUUGGGCCUGACCCAGCAGAGCAGAGCCCCCUCCAGUGGGCCAGAUCCAGCCGCUGCUGCCCAGGACUGGGGGUAAAGGGAGAGAGAGCUUGCCACUGCUUCACCCAGGAGCCCUUGGCCCUUGCCGAGGUCCCUGUGCUGGUCUCCGAGGCUCCUUCCUGCACACUUCUGCUCAGUCAAGGGGGCAAGGGCCAGGGCCAAGGCUGUGGGGACACCGUGGGGAUGGGU